AUGGCAAGACCCCGUUGUGCUGCGCGGCCGAGAAAGGGCAUGGCGACGUCGUUCAAUAUCUGAUCGAACUUGGGGCAGACGUGAACGUAAGGACAAAUGCGAGGACCAAGGAGGGCUGGAGGCCUCUUCACUACGCGGGCCGUGUCCAACAGUGACACGGUCGUCAAGGCCCUCCUCCGAGCCCACGCAAAUGCUAACGCAGCGGCCGACGAUGGUAUCACGCCGUUGAUAGCAGCCCUCCGGGCUGUUCCCCACACCCAGGCUGUCCUCGAUGAACUUUUAUCCUCCGAUAACACCAGCCUCUACGAACAGGUGCAGAAUGGGAAGGACGACAUAGUACGGCGCCUACUUGACGUCGGAUACAAUGUCAACAAGGAACACCAGUGGGGAGGGACGGCUCUUCACGCUGUUGUAAAGCGUGAGGGGCCUAAGGGCUGGGAGCCUGUCGAAAUGGCCAAAGCCCUUCUCGCCGCCGAUCCAAAGCCAGACCUCACUAUCAAAGACAACGACGGCCUGACACCGGUCCGACUCGCACUGCGAGAGUCUUGUCUCUCCCUCGUGGACCUGUUCCUCAAGUCGUCGGUAGGCCUAACAAAGAACAUCAGCGCCGACGACUGGCUUCAGCUCUGCGGCAACCACAAUGCACGCGCUAUCAGGGUGCUGGAGAGUGCAAGACACGGCACACGAAUUGACGAUUUCUCAGAAAGCGAAUUUCUCUACCUCAGAACACUCUCUACUCCCCCGUUGCCCUACCUGCGACAGUUGAUCAUAUUCACCACCAAGUCCCUGACAACACCUCCAACAACCCUGGUUGACCGCAUACUGAAUCGUCCCCUAGCUACGCUCUACCCCUUCAGGCCAAUGAUUCCAGUGUUUGAUCACCCAGCGCAGGGCGGCAGCGGCGACUACAUAUGUGCCGUCUACUUCCUAUCCUUGUCGCAGUUACUCAACCCCACAGUCCCGGACCCGGGCUCUGGUAAGUUGCUAAUGAUUAGGUGGACCGUGGUGGAAAGUCCCAAUUCAGGAGAAGGCCUACGCACAGGGGGCAGCCGAACAGGACAGAGCUGGAAAAGCGUCACCCACUUCAGCACCCUGCGCAACGGGGGGAUGCCAGAUGACGGCGUCGAUUUCUUUAAACAGUUCCUCGAAGAUCUCAAGGCGGAGUGGCUCCGAAUCUGCGCGGACGCGGACGAUCACCUUUCAAAUGAGAGGAAAACCAUGCUUCGACAAGGGGGCAGGGACCCUGACCUAAUACAGCGUCUCCUAGUGGACGCGGGUGUGUGGAUCGAACUGCAGGACUACCUCAAACUCCAGGUUGAGAAACUCUACCAUUUCGAGUCCGAGUACGGCCGCCUCGGUGGCACCGAGGAAAAGGCCAAAAAACUCUGGGACAUCAUCCAGGAGUUCAACGAUGUUAUCAGCAUGAGACUCGAAAAGCUCAACCCAAAGUCGCAAGAGUUGAUCCAAACGGUAUGUCCAGGUACCGUACAUGCUGAUUACUCCUUUGUAAAAUCCUCACACAAGCCUCCCGUGCCCAGGAAUUCAACCUGACAGCCAUCGCCGAAGCCAAGCAUUCCACCUCAACGAGCAACAGCAUGAAACGCCUGACAUGGAUCA